AGGACAGGACCCACAGACAGACCCUGCCCCGCCGGCACCGAACGGCUCAACUGUAAUGAUGCCGUGACCGUCUCGUCCCCGUCCAGUCCACCUUUCCCUCCUCGUCUCCGACUCCGCCGCCGUCACGCCACCUCGCCGGCCGGCGGAGAACCCGAGCGCGAGGGAUGGGGAACAUCUUCGUGAAGAAGCCCAAGAUCACUGACGUCGACAGGGCCAUCCUCACCCUCAAGACGCAGCGCCGCAAGCUCGCCCAGUUCCAGCAGCAGCUUGAGAAGGUAAUCGAAGCAGAAAAGGAAGCUGCACGACAGCUGGUUCAACAGAAGAAGAGAGACAGAGCUUUGAUUGCUCUGAAGAAGAAGAAAGCUCAGGAAGAGUUGUUGAAACAAGUUGACACAUGGCAAAUGAAUGUUGAACAACAGCUGGCAGAUAUUGAACUAGCAAGUAAACAAAAGGCUGUAUUUGAAAGCCUGAAGGCUGGAAACGCUGCCCUUAAGUCUAUACAGAAUGAGAUAAACAUUGAUGAUGUCCAAAAGCUGAUGGAUGACACAGCCGAGGCUAAGGCUUAUCAAGAUGAAAUAAAUGCUGUUCUGGGCGAGCAGCUUUCAGCUGAGGAUGAAGAAGCUGUUAUGGCCGAGUUUGAAAAUUUGGAAGCUCAGCUUGCCGCUGAGUCUUUGCCAGACGCUCCUGUUACUGAAGUACGACCUGUUCCGGCUAACACAGAAGCUGCAUCUGAGGACAUCGAUGAGGUCAUUGAGCUUCCUGAUGUGCCUACUAAAGUGCCAGAGAGGCCUGAAGCUCCAGAAAAGACCAAAGUUUUGGAGGAGCCACUACCUGCAUAGUGGAUGGAACUGAGAUGAAUAGGGCACACUUAGUUUGCAGGAAUUGUAACAUACCCCAUUUCAUUGUACCAUCUCAUUUUCAGCCAUAUCAGAAUUUUAUUGUGUACAGACAGCAAGAAAAUUUGUUGUUCUUGACUACCAAUUAUCACCAGUUUGGAUUUCUCAGUGCCCAUUUAUUACAGUCAAAUCCUACGGGGUAAACAUAAUAUAUUUUCAUUGUGUUUCUUUGAAGGCAGAAA